CAAAAUUUCCGUUUCAUAUCACAAAUUUCUUCAAUUCAAGCUUAUUCUUUAGUUAAUAGUAGUAAUGAUAAUAACAUGCCAUGAAUAUAUACAUGUUGCUUAUCCUUUCAAAUCAAGUUUUACAUAAUUAUCAAGAUUUUGUAAAUGUAAAUAAUACAAUAACCGCCUACAAACACUAUUAGAAAGAAAUCUUUCUCAAAUCAACGCCAACAUGACAGUGCGAUCGUGUAACCAUGGUAACAAGAGAAAACCCAACAACAACAACAGCAGUAGCGGAAAUAACAAUAAAUCAAUGAAAAAUACAAACAAGUCAGACAAAAUGAGCAACACCGGCAGCACCACCAAAGGCAACAACGUAUGUUGCAGAAAAACACGUGACAAUCUUUACCUAUUCCUCGACUCUAUAUCUAUUCGUGGUUGUAAUCGGAUAGUCAGAGCAGAGAGUGGCUUUAUCCGCCUCUUGUGGAUAUUCUAUCUUGUCUUCACUAGCCUAUUUCUCUUAUUCUCUAUUAUCAGAUUAAUAAAUGAGUACAACACUUAUUCUGUAAAUAUACAAACUUAUAUCGACAUGGAUGCACCAUCGAAUUUUCCCGCCAUAACAUUUUGUAAUCAUCAACCAUUUUCUAGUCGUGCUUAUGAAUUAUGGCGUACAGGUGAGAUAAUUUCACCGACACAAUUUAGUAAACUACUUAAAAACGCCGCUGAUUAUUAUUUGAAUGCAAGUCAAACAAAAAAUCAAAGUUUUCCACAAGAGGCGGGAUUUUUCGCCUUUGAAUUUGACACGGUUAAAAUGUAUUAUCAAAAUUUAGACUGGCAAAAGUCAAAGCUAUUAGGUCAUGAAAGAAAUCAAAGCAUCUAUAUGUGUUUAUUUCGAUAUUCUGGUGGAAAUCUGGUUAUCGGUGGACCUGGUUGUCAUGACGACAUGAUUAUUAUCCGUGAACGUUCUCAUCCACACCACUUUAACUGUCAUACAGUUGAAGUUAGUCAAGCGUACAGUCAAGAAGUACAAGAGUUAGGCCUGAUUAUAUGGUUAGGACCAAAUGAAAAUUAUAAUGUCCAAUAUAGACAAGCAUUUCUAAUGGAUUUAUUUGAACAAGCCUAUGGAUUACGUGUCGCUAUACAUGAACCUGGUCAGCUAGCGAAUUUAGACAGUCAAGGGAUACAAAUUGAACCGGGUAGAAUGAAUGAGCUGAAUUUUGAUGCAGUGAAAACUAUUCAUCAAGAGACACCGAGGAAACCGUGUAUUCAUCAACCGAAACAAAUGUAUACUGAUCUUGAACAGGAGUAUAGCUAUGAAUUCGAUUUGUGUUUGAAUACGCAUUUACAAAAUUUACUUAUUACACAAUGUACAUGCCUCUAUGCGUAUUUGCCACGUGUUAAACUACCGAAUACAAGCCUGCCGUAUUGUGGACGUUUAAUUACAACGUAUAAUCAAAGCUUAGAUACAACAGGUAUCCUUACACGUAAAGAAUGCGUACGAAAUAUCUUGAGUAAAUCAGCAAUAUUGAAAAAGUCUUUUGAAGAUAAUGGUCUCUGUUUAAGACGAUGUGAGCUAGUCGAAUAUGAAAGUACUGCAUCAGUGACCACAUGGAGAUCAACUCGAUGGCAGUUGCACUGGAGUCAAGAGACAUCAGCUGCUCUAGAGGUGUUGUUCUCUUCACCCACAGAAGUACAAAAUGUGAAUAAUACCAAUGAUAAAGCGUUGAAAAAUUUACAAGUCUACUUUCGUACAGAUAAUCUUUCCUUGAUAACAUCAAAUUUUCAGGAGAAAGACAGUUUAACUGAAGCAUACGGUUUCAGCGAUCGAUACACGUAUUUACUGGUAAAACGUAAAAGUAAUGAUACUAUCGUGAAAGCGGAAACACUUGUCCUCACCUUGAAUGCAUUAGUUAGUCGGAUUGGUGGACUGUGCUCGCUGUAUAUCGGGAUGACAUUUGCUGUGUUUAUUGAAUUCAUUGAAUUCUUUUACAUAUUCUUAUUACGUAAUGGAUUGUUGACAAUCUCAAAUAAAAAUAAUAAUAAUAUAAUAAAAACAAUAAUGAUAAGCAAAAGAAUAUGGACGAUAACGAUAUUGAGAAUAAACUUGAUCAGAAUUGUCAAUUAGACAAAAAUAACUUACCUUCAUCAUCUUCAUCACCGUCAACACUUCAUUUAAAUAAGAAAAAAUCAAUGAAUCAAUAUCCUACAUUAACUAAAAGUAAUAAUAAUAACAGUGAUUUUAUUGAUUAUCAAUCAAAUCCACAAUUUGAAUUUCCCUCUUCUGAAUGUACACAGUUAACUGAAACAAGAGACGAUAAAAGCAUUAAAAAUCAAAAUAAUAAUAAUAAUGACAAUAAGGCUAAUAAUUCACCUUUAAUUUUAAAAAAUAAUUUUAAUGAAUCAGUUGAAUCAUUUCAGCCAUUGAAACCAGUGAACAAUAGAAGCUUAAAUGAUUUGAAUAAACAAAAAGUGAAGAAGUGUUCAAUAUAACAUUGAACAGACAAAAUAUACUGCUGACUUUAUGGAAAAAGUAUUUACAUUGAAACGGUGAUCACUAAAAGUUUGAAAUAUUUAAUUUAUGCACAAAAAAUACAAAAUCUUUUUAUCUAUAUAUUUUUUUUCUGUCAUUAUUCAAAAGUAAAACAAAUUGCA